AAUUCAACAGUAAAUACAGAAAUCACGAGAGAGUUACUGGUGAGUGGCUGUGAAAGCUGCCUUCUUGCCCAUCGUGAUUUUGGACCUUUCGUUUUUCGAUUAAUUCUGGAAAAAAUUGUAGAUGAGGAAUAUUCAAUCGAUACGAAACUGGAAGUCUGUACCUUCUUGGCUAAGGCAUGCAGUAUCUUCCCGACCGAACACUUAACCGAUGCAACUGUUGAUUUAUGUGCUGGAAUCAGAUCAGUAUUAUUUAAUUUGCCGCGAAGCGAAAGUGGAGAUUGCAUCCCGAAGUCAAUUGAAAUUUCUGUUGUUUCAAUGUUGGAAGCCAUGAAAUCGACAUUUGGGGUACUGUUUUACUGA